AUGUUGCGAGGUGAUGAAGUUGGACCACCAUGUGACUAUUGGGCGCUCGGUGCUACAGUCUUUCAAAUGAUCUCAGGACAAGCUCCAUUUCGGGCUGUGAAUGACUUUCAUCUGAUGAAUAAGAUUCAGAAGCUUGACUUUUCAUUCCCUGCAGGAUUUCCUGAUGUUCCCAAAGACUUCGUCUCGAAGCUACUGGUGAGAUAUCAGUCCUCUUACGUUUCCUUGUAA